UUGGUCAACCGUCGCGAAGAGUGGUUGCGCGUGAUAAGGCUCGCACGAUAGAAACGCGUGCCUCGUUUCGCGAUCGGUGCGUACGACUCCGAGACUCGCGCGUUCCUCGACCAUCGAGCUACCAACGACCAACGUGCGAAACGUGCAUCAACAGCAGCAGCAGCAGCAGCAGCAGGAUUCUCGCGACUCGGAAAUGCGUGCCUCUAAUCGCGACAGUGACGUGGUGAUUGGUUCGCCGUUGCGUUGUCGGCUUGACACACCGUCGACCCGACAGCGGCCAUGACGGCGGACAGCCUGUUCGAGACUACCAGCAUCCCAGGGCAUCUCGCUCCCACGCCCCAGAGACUGGAGAGGCUUCUCUCGAAACAGACCCUCGAGGAGCUAUACGAGGUCGAGGAACAACCUUUCGCACGAGGCAAAUACGCGACGGUGAGGAGAUGUCGGGAGAGAUCCAGCGGAAGACAAUGGGCGGCCAAGUUUCUGAGGAAGAGGAGACGAGCGCAGGAAUUGAGGGCGGAAGCGCUGCACGAAGUCGCGGUGCUGGAUGCCGCGGCGAAUUGCUGCCGCCUGGUGUCCCUGCAUCAGGUGUUCGAAACGAACACGGAGAUGGUGCUGGUAUUGGAAUUGGCUCCCGGUGGUGAGUUGCAAAUGAUACUGGACAGAGACGGUGAAGAGCGACAGGUUGCCAGAUUGCUGAAACAAAUUUUGGACGGCAUAGCCUUCCUGCAUUCCCUGAACGUGGCCCAUCUCGAUAUCAAGCCUCAAAAUCUGGUCCUGACCGGCGAGUUUCCGGACUGCGACGUCAAGCUUUGCGACUUUGGUAUCUCGCGGUACAUCAGCCAUGGCGCCGACAUACGGGAGAUUCUGGGCACGCCCGAUUACGUUGCUCCAGAGGUGUUGAACUACGAGCCUAUCAGCCUGGCGACGGACAUGUGGUCCAUCGGAGUUUUGCUGUACGUGCUGCUAACGGGAUGUUCCCCGUUCGGAGGUGACACGAAGCAGGAAACGUUCUGCAACAUUAGCCGAUGUCGCCUAGAUUUCCCCGACGAUCUGUUCGAGGACGUGUCCGAAGAGGCUCGCGAUCUCAUGCGCAAGCUGAUGGUCAAGGAUCCAAACGAACGCUUGACCGUCACGGAAUGCCUGCAACAUCCAUGGUUCUGCAUGUUCGACGAUCCUCAGCCAUCGUUGUCCGUGUCCAGUUGCACGGCGUUGGACAAAUCCUCGCUCGCAGACACGUCGUCGUCCUCGUCCUCGUCCUCGUCCUCCUCCUCGUCGUCCUCGUCGUCCUCGUCGUCCUCGUCGCCCUCGUCGGAAACGAAAUCGUUUUCGAAAUCCAACGCGAACGCGGAACAUCAGACGUCCGUGUCCUCCACUCCGAAGAACGACUCGGAGAAGCAGAGAUCGUUGAGCGUUUGUCAAGGGGUGGAAACGAAACCUACGGCGAACCGAGCGGUCUCUUCGCACACGGAGAAUCUCUACUCCAAGUCGAAGCUGUCGCCCAAACCUGCCAGAUUCGGUCUGAGCUCGGAUCGCAGGGACACCUUCAAACGGAACAUGGAUUCUUUGGCGCAGAAAUUUUCCGGGGCGGAAAUCGUGAUAAUCGAGCCAGUCUCGUCCACGGGUACCACGACGGUUUCCACGAACGUGACGAGUAGUACGCAGAGGAGGGCGACUGCCACGCACACGAUGCCGGCCGGAGAGGUAUUCAAAUGUACACCGGUGUUCAUCCUCGGCGAGGAACAGCAGUGCAGCGACAGCGGCAGCGACUCCGUCUCCGAGAUCUCGACCGAUAGCUCGAGCGAUCGAAGCAGCAUCUACUCGGACGAUUCGUUGGACUUUAUCCUGUACGGAAAGGGCCAGGGUAGAGCCAGUUUUCCGUUCUCGACGUCGGAUUCGUCGUCCGACAGAUGGGAACAGAGGCAUCACACGAGAGUAUGGCCGAGAGAGUGUAACGGCGUGGUGAGCAAGGCUCUGAGCCGUUUCACGUCGGAAACCACGAACGCCAAGUUCGGCAAGGCGUUCACGCCACCCACCGUUCACGGGAAGUCCGGUCUGGAAGCGCUUCGCGAGAGGGGCGGAAACUUGGUGGUGAUCCGCGAACCCGUCAGAGCCGGCAGGUACACCAGAUACAGCGAAGUGCAGUGCGAAUCGGUGCAAGCACGGAUUCGACGAUUUCAGGUUCACGGAGCGUCGUAGACGCGAGAGCGCGAACGGCUUUCUCGAGCAGCUUCGAAGAACCGGGAUCCAUCGGGAUCUAUUGUACAUAUUACCUCGCGAUGUACAGUAUACGUAGUUCGAUACCGUAAGCUUUACGAGGGAUCGGUAUCCGAUCGAACGUUAUCGGGGGUGAGAAAGGUAGACCAGAUAUACCCGGCUGUAAAACGGAUGUAAAUAAGUUGUUCCGAAGGGCGGUAGAUAGGGAAGAAGGGGGGAAAAAGAAGAACCUGGUUUGGAUACCGAUCGUUCGUGACGCGCGUUGUAAAUAAAUUCGGACGACCGAGAUUCUGCGAGAGCGAAAAACGACGGUCAUAUCCGGACCUCGCUACUCGCGCGUCGAGCUUCAAGGGUUUUAUAGUACGUAACGGAAGAACGGAAGGGGAGACACUUUGUCGAUCGUUGUACAUAGAAACGAUCGGAUAUACCGAUCGAUCGACCGACCGACCGUCUUUUCGAACUUGGAAGAGGAGGAGAACGCGUACCGGGGCGCGUUCGAUGCAUCGAGUUGCUCGCGAAACGAAAGUCCGUGCACCGUCGAGCGUAGAAGAUUGGAUCGUCUCGUUUCGUUUCGUUUCGUUUCGUCUCGUCCCAUUUCGCCUCGCCUUGUCUCGACUCGACGGGUGUACCGCGUGGGGCCGGAGCUCGCGAUCGUUGCGUAACCGGUAAAUGUCAGGCAUAUGUCAGACUCGGUUCGGAAUCGUAGAGAGCAGAGCAGCGAACGUAGGUAACGAACGAUGCAUGGAAAGUGGCGCGCGAGCAACUCGAUGCUGAUCGGCGAGUUUGCCCAACCUAGCCAUAAUAUUAUCGAUCGCGGCAUGGAUCGUCGCGAUAGCGGUAACUCGUAUUUACCUGUGUAAGGUCCGUUCGCCGGAUCUCGCGAAAAAUCGAUAAUCCGAUAAUCUGGGUGCCUUAACCGUGUUAAAAGCGUUAAAAAACGAUUAAGAGAAAAGCGCGUCGCAUAGUCGCGUAUCGGUCUUUUACGUCGUACGACGCGAUCGAACCGUACGCCUGCCUGUAAAUAUACAUGUACACGUAUGCACGUAUACGCGCGAUGCGACGAAGAAUCUCGCGUGUAUCGACGCUGAAGCGUGAAAGUACACGGCGGUACACGAGUGAAUCGUACUUUCGUUUGUCCCCGCGGAAAUACGUAUAAUGGGGUUCGUUACGCCAGCAGGGAAAAAUCUGAGCGCGUGCACGACGGAAGUGCGUGGUGAGAGAACGAAUCGAUGCUUCCAAGAAGAGUCGGGUGAACGAGCAAGGAAAUCUCUCUGGUCUGAACAGUGCCUUACACGUUGUUAGUCGUACGGACGAUUUAACCAAUCGCGCCGACGAUCGAUCGAAAUUGAGAGCCUAGACUAGCUUUAGGCGUCUCCAAUUCUUCUCGUUGGAUCGAUAGCGUCUCUCGGGGAGAGAUCCGUUCGAUGCAUCGCAUCCUCUCGACGCGCUGGAUAUCGCGCCACACCACCACCGAAAGGAUCUCCGUCUUUCAUACACCUUUUUCCUAUUCCCUUCUCCCACCAUGCAUCCACGUAGGAUCUAUCGCGGAGCAAACUGCCGUUAGUACUAAAUCAAUCCUAUUUCUCUCUCUCUCUCUCUCUCUCUCUCUCUCUCCCUCUCUCUUUCUUUUCCUCUUUUUCCUUUUCUCUCUUUCUCUCUCUCUCUCUUUCUCUUUCUUUGUUAGUCGUCGAAUAAAUCGUAGCCGAGUGUUUCGUUGGCCGCGAACGAAACGAUCGAGAGAAUAUCGCGCCGUUCGUCUAGCUAGAUGUCGCGACGUUUCCGCGCGACGGCGAAAACGAAAGGCGCUGAUAUCGAAGCGUAUACAAUACGUAUGGACGUAGUAGCCCAAGUCCGAGGGCGAACGCUGAAAAAUCUCGUGGAGCGUGAACUUCCGUGGUCGAAGGGAACGCUCCGUAAAUGCUAGUCACGUGUAGUAGUUGCUCGUUCUCUUGUUCGAACUCGUUCGUUUCCCUUUGAAAUCGCGGCGAGAUUCGAGCGAAAGAAGAAAAAGUGCCUUGUUUAGGGAAACAGCGACGAGGAUGGAAGCGCGAGAGGAGAGAAUAUUCGAGUAGGAGAGACGAGCGCGCACGAUCGAAACGACGAAUAAACGAAGCAGCGGGGAUGCCUGGAGCGAAUCGGAUAUGCCGCGGUGAUGGAAGCGGCGCGACCGUCCGAGCAGCUUCGCUCGACGUUUAUUUCGUGGAAUCAAGCCUCGUAGAUCGAGGAAUCGUUAUCGAAUUUUUUGACUUUACGAAACGUUUUAUUACCGCGAGCGUUCGUCCUUCGAAAUGCAGAGACGCACACCGGGAUACGCGGACGCGCGACACGAGAAAGCGAGCGUGCGAGCGAGAUACACUCUCGUGGUCGCGAGAUGCGAGGAUGAAGCGAGAAGGAGUGGACGCGGGGCAUCGAGCGUGAGUGUGUCGCGUGAAUUCGUGAUUGCCUCUGAGAAAAUCAAAGAAAAUCAUAGAGACCUGUAAUAUAGUUUUGCUACCAUGGCAGAGAAGGGCGUGCACCCGAGCGAGCCGGUUUGCCAUUUCUCGAGGCCAAUCCGUCGUUAUUUAUUUCCGUCUACUUUCUGUCCGGUAUCGUAUUUAAUUAUUCGCGUGUCGCGUUAUAUUCUUCGCGUGGCGUUUAGUCCGAUCGUUGGCCCUCGCAGGAGGGCGUGCCGUAUCUCCCCCUUUACUCGGGCACGCCCUGUUC